AUGAAUUAACUAAAAACCUUAUUAGAAAAGAAUUUCACUUUACACUUUAGAUCAAAACAAUUCUGGGUAAACUUAUACAUUCCAGUAUUAAGUGCAAUUUUAUCAAUAAUUUUUACCUACAAAAAUAAUGAAACAUACUACAUUUUAUUAAUAUUUGUUUGUUUAAAUAAUAAUGGAGUAUUAAGACAAUCAUUAAUAUUGAUUAUUAGAGAAAAAAGCUAAAAAUUUAAGAAAUUAUAAUAAUAAAUGGGAUUAAGUUCAAAUGCUUAUUAUGCAUCCUGGAUUAUAACAUUUUUUGUUUUGACUUUUGGUGUUUCUCUAUUUUAUAUAAUACCAUUUAUUGCAUUUAGACUUAAUGAAGCAGGGAAAGGACAUUUAAGAAUUGAUAUGCUAAUUUUAGGAUAAAUUUUAUAUUCUUGUGCUCUAGCAUCUUUGGUAUUAUUUUUAAGUUCAUUUUCCAAAAAUUAAAAUAAGGCUAGUGAACUUAUAGGUUUAUUGAAUGUAAUUUUAACAUUUGUUGUGAUUUCCAAUUUUGCUCCAGAACCUAAAUUAACAUUCUUUAGUUAAUUACCUACACUAUUUGUACCACAAACAGCAUUUUAAAUGUUAUUAUUAAGUUCACAUUGGUUAUAUAAUGAUGAAGAAUAUUUCUUGAAUCCUGGAAUAUAUAUUACUUGUUUAAUAGUUUAGAUAGUGUGUUAUACAUUAGGUUUUUUGUAUUUCGAUUAAGUUGUUAGUGGAUCUAAAAAGUAUUUUUUCCUAUGUAAUUAUUGCAAAAAGUAAACAAAAACUUAUACUGAUUUUGAUGAUGAAUCAAAUCCAAAUUCAACUAAUUAAGAAGUAGAACCAUAUUAACUUUACAAACCAAUACUAAAUAUUUAAGAUCAACUUGUAGAAAAUUAAGGAUAACCAUAUAUUUAAGUAGAAAAUAUGUGGAAAAAGAUUGAGAAUCAAUAUAUUCUAAAAUCACUCAAUAUGGAAAUUUAUUAAAAUGAGAUUUAUUGUUUAUUGGGACCUAAUGGAGCAGGUAAAUCAACUUUAAUUAAUAUAUUAUCUGGAGUUUCUGAAAAAACUAAAGGAAAAAUCAAUAUCUUAGGAUAGAGUAUAGAUAAUAAGUCAUUUAAGAAUCAAAUUGGAAUUUGUUUAUAAAAAGAUGUUCUAUAUUCAGAAUUAAAUGUUUAUGAACAUCUAAAAUUUUAUGGAUAGUUGAGAGGUAUAUUAGAUUAAGAAUUAUAACAAUAAAUAAAUUAUAUCUUAUAAGUUUGUUAAUUAAUAAAUGAAGCUAAUUUAAAGGCAGAUUAAUUAAGUGGUGGAAAUAAAAGAAAAUUAAGUUUGGCAAUAUCUCUUAUUGGAAAUUCUAAAAUUGUAUUUUUGGAUGAACCAUCAUCAGGAAUGGAUGCAUUAACAAGAUAAUAAAUUUGGGAUGUCAUAAAAUAAAUGAGAUUAAAUAGAGCAAUCAUAAUGACUACUCAUCAUAUGGAAGAGGCUGAUGAAUUAGCUACUAGAGUUGGAAUUCUAAUGAAUGGAUAAAUUGUAACUUAAGGUACUCCUGAUUUCAUUAAACUUAAUUUUGGAGUUGGUUAUCAUUUAUAAAUGGACUUUUAGGAUUAAAAUUAAUUAUUAUUAGAGAAACCUACAAUAUAAGCUUAACUCUAAAAAAUAGAUAGUUACACACCUAUAAUUUAAUGUGCUCCAAAUUCUUUAAAGAGUGUAUUACCAGUUAAUAAAAUUCAUUUAUUUCAUGAACUCUUAAAUUAUUUAGAAGAUAAUUCAUAAAGCAAAUUCUCACUUUAAUUAAAUUCUCUAGAAGAUUCAUAUCUUGCAAUAGAUUAUUAAUAUGGAACAUAAAAUAUUGAUUUAAAUGCUUAAAGAGUAUUCUAAUAAAAACCAAUAAUUGAUUUCAAAACUUAAUUAAUUAGUUUAAUUUAAAGAAAACUUUUAGUUUUACUUAGUUCAACUGAUAAAUAAUGGAAAUAUUUAUUCCCAUUACCAUUUAUAUAUUUAGCUGUCAUAUUUGGUAUAUAAUCUUCAUUUUUAUUUGUAUGUUUGUAUUUGACAAUUAAAGCUCUCACAUCUACCUUAUAUGUAAUGAUUCAAUUAGAAGAUAAAGAUACUAAAAUUAAAUAAUAUAUGUAUGCAAGUGGAGUCUAAAUUCAUACAUAUUGGUUAAGUAAUGUUGUCACUGAUAUUGUACCAUCACUUAUUGAAGGCCUAUUUACAGCAUUUCUUUUAUUUGUUUAUGAUGUUGGACAUUUUGGAUCACAUUUCUUUGGAGUUUUCUUUUUAAUAACUAUUUUUGGAGUCUCAUUAAGUUGUUUUGCUAAUUGUCUUACACUAUUCUAUAGAAAAUAAUAAGGUGUUUAUGUAGGAGCUCCAUUAUUAUAAUUCUUUGUAUUUUUCCUCUUAUUUUUCAUAUUAAUGCUAUACACUGCCUAACCUUCAUGUCCUUUAGGAUUAAAUAUGAUUUCAAUGAUAUUUAUGAUAAUAUCACCAUUUACAGCUUGUUAUAUGGGUUUUGCUAUGAGUCCCAUUUUAUUAAAUUUUGCUGUUUUUAGUUAUUUCUCCUGCAUCUUAUAUUUAAUUAUAGGAGGAACCAUUUAUUUCUUAAUCUUAUAUUCAAUUGAUAGAAAUGAAUUUAAGUAAAUUCAAUCAAAUAUGAAUGAUACCGAUGCAAUUGUUGAUGUAUAAGAAUUAACAAAGAAAAUUGGAUAAGUUGAAACAGUACAUAAAUUAUCAUUCUAAAUUAAAUAAAAAGAAAUAUAUGGAUUAUUAGGACCAAAUGGUGCUGGAAAAUCAACUACUUUUAAUAUGAUUACCAAAUUUGAUUAGCCUACUUCUGGUUAAGUAAGAAUUAAAGAUAUUAAUACUAAUCUUGGGUUAGUUCCAUAAUUUUGUCCAUUCUAUCCUUCCUUAACUGUUUAUUAACAUCUUAGUAUAUAUGGAGCUUUGAAAGGUUAAUAAAAUUUACAAAAUGCAAUUGAAGUAUAUUUAAAGGCUCUUGAUAUGUAUGAUAUUAAAGAUAGAAAAGUCAAAUAUUUAAGUGGAGGAGAAAGACGAAAGGUUUAAAUAGGAAUAGCCUUGAUUGGAGGAUCAAAUAGAUUGUUUAUGGAUGAACCUACAACUGGAUUAGAUCCAAAAUCUAGAAGAAUUAUUUAAUAGAUACUUUUAUAAUCAACCAUAAAUAAUGAUGCUACAGUUCUUUUAACAACUCAUUCAUUAUAGGAAGCUUAAAGUAUUUGUAAUAGAAUUGGAAUCAUGGUCAAUGGAUUUUUAAUUACUGAAGGAACUAUAAAUGAAUUAAGAGCUUAAUUGGGAGAGUAAGCUAGAUUUAGUGUGAAAUGCAAUAUUGGUAGAAAAGAACAAGUACAUUAAACAAUAUGGUUAUAAUUGUCAUAGCAAUUCCAAUUACAGCCUAUAUUUGAAUACAGAGAAAAGUAAUAUAUUAUUCAAUAUUUAUUAGUUAUUUAUCUUAUUAAAUUCCAGCAGGUUAUUUCAAGUUAUCUUAUCUAUUCUAAUACUUACAAGUAGAACUUAAAUAAAAAUAAUUAUUGAUUACAGAUUUUUCGAUUUAUCAACCAAGCUUAGAAUAAAUUUUUGCCUUCUUUGCAUCAUAACAAAUUUUAGGACUAAACUAAAAUUUAUUAAAUAAUUUUGGAGAUAAUUAAUUUGAUUUUGGAAAUCGACUAAGAGCAAUCAUGGCAUUUUUCUGUAUCUUUUGGUGA